UUUUCACCCUCCUUUAUAUCCGGAGUAUUUCUCAUUCGUUAUACAUAUUCUUCUAUUUUUUAUUUUAAUUUUUAUAAUUCUUUCUGGGCAAUACAAUCAUUUUAGAGAAAGCCCCUCUUCACGAUGUGUCAAUCCGACCUGCACGACUUCCUUCACGGCCUCCCCAAAUGCGAGCAUCACGUCCAUUUGGAAGGAUGUCUGACUCCCGAGCUGAUCUUCCAGCUGGCCGCGAAGAACGGCGUCCAACUCCCCCAAGAACCAGCCUAUGAGUCCGUCGAGACCCUCACGCAGCGCUACGGCAACUUUACGUCGCUGGACGACUUCCUGCGCUUCUACUUCAUCGGCAUGUCGGUGCUCCAGCACGAGUCCGACUUCGCCGACCUCGCCUGGGCCUAUUUCCAGAAAGCCCACGCCGAUGGCGUCCACCACGCCGAGGUCUUCUUCGACCCGCAAGUGCACCGCGACCGCCAGAUCCCCUACGCCACCAUCGUCGCGGGCUUCGUGGCCGGCUGCAAACGCGCCGAGAAGGAGCUCGGCCUGUCCACGCGUCUGAUCCUCUGCUUCGUGCGCCAUCUCUCCGUCGAGUCGGCCGCCAACGUCUACGAAGAGGCCCUGGCCCACCAGUCCUUCGACACGGACCUCGUCCACGGCCUCGGAUGGUCCUCGACGGAAGUCGGGCCCCCUAAGGACAUGUUCCGGGAUCUGUACCAGUCUGCCUCGGGCAAGGGGAUUCCGUUGACAGCGCACGCCGGCGAGGAAGGUGAUGCCUCGUAUAUCAGCACGGCGCUGGAGCUGGGCGCUCGCCGCAUUGACCACGGCAUUCGGCUCGUCGAGGAUCCGGUGUUGAUGGAGCGCAUUGCGCGCGAGGGCGUCAUGCUGACCGUGUGUCCCAUCUCGAAUGUCCAGCUGCGGUGCGUGCAGUCUGUGGCGGAGGUUCCGAUCCGCACGUUCCUGGAGGCUGGCGUCAAGUUCUCCAUUAACAGUGACGACCCGGCCUACUUUGGGGGGUAUAUCCUGGAUAACUACUGCGCUGUGCAGGAGGCGCAUCGGCUGUCUGUGGACGAGUGGAGGGUGAUUGCGGAGAACAGUGUCAGUGCGAGCUGGAUUGAUGAGCAGAGGAAGGAGGAGCUGCUGGGGCAUAUCGAUGCUCAUGUCAAGAAGCAUGUCGCUGUGGCUGUCUGAGGGGGUUAGAGAUGAGUUUAUGAAUUGUG